CAGGAGGAGGCGGCGCUGGGGGAUGGAGCCAUGGCAGGAGAUGCUGAUGGAGAAUCAGGACCUGUACCAAGAGAGACAGAAGGGAGAGCAGCCAAGUGAGGCAGGAGCAGCCAGGAUAGAGCCACUGCAAAAAGGUUCUCCCCUAAACCAUGGAGUGGAACAGCCAGAACCCCAAGGAGAAGGAAGAAAUGCCCAGGAGAAAGGUGAGAAAUUGGGGCAAGGGGACACACCAAGUCAAGAGACUGCAAAUCCAACACAACAGCUGCAGACUGGCAUCAGCAGAGUGGGUUCCCCAGAGCAGGAGGUCACUCCGAAAGGACAGGAUCCAGGGCCCACCUUAAAUCAUCCAGUUCUGGAAGGAGAUGGAAACACCUCCGGAGGAGAAGAGAUGCCGAGGGUCUUUCAGAGAGGUGCCAAGGAGGAAGCGGAGCCGCCCGAGGAGGGGAUAUGUGAGGAAGCCCUGAUGGGGGAGCUCUCUGAACUGGUGCAGCAGGUGGUGAAGAGAAGCAGCUGGUGGGAGAGACACGGCAUAGAUGACUCCAUCAUUGCCCUGAACUUUCUCAUCCUUCCUGCAGGGUUCCUGUGUCUGCGUUCAAACAAUGCCCUUCUCUUCCUGUUGGGCAUCUUCAUCUUGGGCAUAGUGCACCACACUGUAACAGUGAAAGGAAGCCACUUGGCCAGCCACAAUGCCUUGACGGAGUCCAAGUCUUGGGGGAAAGUUUGGGCCAUAUUCUUCCUCGAGGUUUGCUCGGCUUUCACAGCAGAGCAGGCAUACUACAACCAUGUGAAACUCCACCACGGUUACACUAAUGUUAUCAGACUAGGCGAUUCCAGUACUUGGAAGCUACCUUUCUUGAACCGAUAUGUUUACAUGUUCAUUGCACCCAUUGCUAUACCUAUUUUAACCCCUCUAGUGGCACUUGGUUUGCUGAAGGACGUUGAGUUGAAAACGGCUCUCCGGACUCUCUGCUGGAUGUUUCUUGGGCUCUACUCCCAUUACUGGCUCCUGGUCAAUGUCUCAGGGUUCCAAUCAGUGUGGUCUGCCCUCAUCUGCAUGCUGAUCACACGAUCUCUCCUGGCCCACCCCUACAUCCAUGUUAACAUCUUCCAGCACAUUGGCCUCCCGAUGUUCUCUGCUGAUAAGAAGCCCAAGCGGAUUCACCUGAUGAGCCUUGGAGUUCUGAAUCUGCCCCGGAAUGCCCUGCUGGACUGGUCCUUUGGGCACUCAAUCAUCAGCUGCCAUGUGGAGCAUCACCUCUUCCCAAACCUCUCUGACAACAUGUGCCUGAAGAUCAAGCCCAUAGUCUCCCAGUAUCUGAAAAAGAAGAAGCUGCCAUACAACGAGGACUCCUAUAUGUCCCGACUACAGCUGUUCCUACAUUGUUACGAGGAACUGAUGGUCAAGGCACCCCCAAUAACUGAACUUGUGGGGAUUCAGUGAUAGGCUCUGGAACACGACAACAAGACAUAGGGCUGUUUCCUGUGGGUCAUUAUAACAUCGGACAAGAUCAAGAACUUUAAAACCAAAGACAUUGCCCUUAUAAAGCAAUCGAAGAGGAAACAAGUUUGCCUGAAGUGUCUUGCUUUUGGACAGAUAGAAACACACAUAGAGACCAAGAAAUGCCACUAGAAUGAUAAAUUGUGACUGAACGGUGAUGGGACAGAAGGGAAUUCUGUAGCUUCAGUACAGUAGGAUCAAAUGGGAGUUUACCAGAGGUAUUAGAAGCUGGUAUUUAUUUUUCCUCCAUUCUCUUUUCACUCUUGGACAGACGUCACUAUUGAUUCUUGUUUUCUUUAUUGCUGUGUUUCUGGAACAGGACUGGGAGCCCAACAAGAAAGGGAAUUCAUAUCCCAUCCAACUGCAGUGUGCCAAAAGGACAGGAUGACUUAGGGGAUUGGCAGUGGGGCAGCUUUUAACUCUAGGUCAAUGUUUCAAAUCUGGGCAAAGCUUGUAUUUUUGGAACAACUGAAAACUGGUUCCCAUCUGAUGGCUCUGAUGGCCCGUGUGAAUUGAGUUGAUGGCUCCAGUUCCUCAGAGAAAGAUGCCCAUAUUACAAAACCUUAGUCAGCAGAUUCAGUUGAGAGGCUGAGGAUGGAAUGGGCCAUAAAGAAUGUACUACUUUAAAGGUGGUCUGUCCAGAUUAAUGGAGGCACAUUGGUGGUAUGGUGUAAGAGAAACUUGCACGGCUGCAACCUAUGCUCUACCUGUUUUGUGGAUAAAUAAGUUCCUUCCAGGAGUGUGGAUUUGAAAAAACUAGCCAGAGCAGUUUGGGGGUGAGUUGGUGAAAAGUUUUUGUGCUGCCCUCCCCCCCAGUGCAACCAUGGUUUCACCCCCGGGCACAGAGCAGGAUGGAGGAUUUGCAGAAGAGUUAGAGAGAGGAUUCUUUGGGGUGUACUUCAAAUUUAACUGGUUUCUGACAUGUGGAGUGUUUGUGUUGUGAGUGGUCAUGGUGGAAAUCAGAAGGUUACCCCAGCCUCCUGCUGCAAACGUGGAACCCAGCUGUUUGUUCUGGCCACUGUACAUAGGCACCAACAUUGCAGAAAGUUUUGUAAAAGACAGUUAUCCAAAGAAGGCAGGAC